AUGGUUACUUCUAUAAAAUCCCGUGUUCUUCCCUCUGUUAUCAAAAGAGCCAGCUCUUCUUCAACUGCUUUAAAGCAUACUCCUUUGUACGAUCUUCAUGUCAAUGCAGGUGCUACCAUCGUACCGUUCGCUGGAUUCAGCAUGCCUUUACAAUAUAAGGACCAAACAAUCAGCACAAGCCACAGAUGGACCCGUGAGCAUUCUGGCUUGUUUGAUGUAAGCCAUAUGGUUCAGUGGUUUAUUCGUGGUGAGAAUGCCUCUGCGUAUCUAGAAAGUAUUACACCAUCAUCUUUAAAAGAACUUGCUCCAUUCCAUUCUACUUUGAGCGCUUUUACCAACGAACAAGGCGGCAUCAUUGAUGAUACAAUUAUCGCUAAGCAUGAUGACAAUACAUACUAUAUUGUCACUAACGCUGCAUGCAGCGAAAAAGAUGAAGCUAAUUUAAAAAAGCAUCUUGAGAACUGGAACGGUGUCGAACUUGAACGUGUACAAGAUCGUGCACUAAUUGCGAUCCAAGGCCCCGAAACCGCAACUGUUAUUCAAAGCCUUGCAUCCUCUUAUGAUUUUUCAGCGCUUAAAUUUGGCCAAUCCGCUUAUGUUGAUAUCAAGGGUAUCCAGUGUCUGGUCUCUCGUGGUGGUUAUACUGGUGAAGAUGGAUUUGAAAUUUCUGUCCCCGCCGAUGCCUCUCUAGAUUUAGCUCAAAGCAUUUUAGCUAACAAAAAUGUACGCCCGAUUGGUCUAGGAGCUCGCGAUACUUUGCGCCUGGAAGCAGGUAUGUGCUUAUACGGCAGCGACAUUGAUGACACUACAUCUCCUGUUGAGGGCUCCUUAUCUUGGAUUAUUGGAAAACGUAGAAGGGAAGAAAAAAACUUUGUCGGCAGCAGCCGUAUCUUAAAAGAAAUCAAAGAAGGUGCUUCUCGCCGCCGUGUGGGUUUCAUGAUCGAAAAUGCUCCUGCCCGCCAUGGUAGCAUCGUUGAAAUUGACGGUGUUCAAGUUGGCAACAUUACCUCUGGAUGUCCUUCCCCUACCCUUGGCAAAAACAUUGGUAUGGGUUACAUUACUACUGGGUUCCAUAAGACUGGUACCUCGGUACAUGUAAAGGUUCGUAAUAAGCUUCAACCCGCUACGGUAGUUCGUAUGCCUUUCGUUCCCUCCAAAUAUCACAGGUAG